AUGGCUGGCCUGAUGCUUGACUAUAUAAUUAGACGUGAUAGUAUUAUAGACCCUAACAAUGAUCCCAAUAUCGGUUCUUCUCGCGGUAAUGCGAGCUCAGCAUCGGGAAAUAUCGUCGAGGGUUUGACAGGCGUUGGCUCAACAUCAGAUUCCGCCCUGUUGUCUACUCUACUUCCUGCGCUGGUGAUUGCCGGUUUCUGGUUUGGCUUGUUCCUCAUCUGUCGUCGCAAUCAGCAGCGUUGGUACUCGCCUCGGUCCCAUCUACCAAAUCUUCAUCACCAUGAACGGAGCCCGGAGCUGCCACGGGGAUUCCUCAACUGGUUUGGUGCUUUCUUCCAAAUAUCCGAUUCUCACGUUCUGCAUCAUUCCUCCCUCGAUGGCUAUCUUUUCUUGCGCUUCUUAAGGAACUUGUGCAUCAUCUGUUUCGCAGGAAUCAUAAUCCUCUGGCCUGUGCUGUUACCCGUUCAUGCUACUGGUGGGGCUGGCAACUCUCAAAUGGACCAAUUCAGCUUUAGUAAUGUCGUCAGCCCAACAAGAUAUUAUGCGCAUGUUGUGAUGGGAAUAAUCUAUUUCACGUAUGUAUUUUUUGUGGUCACUCGCGAGAGCCUUUUCUACGCCAACCUGCGGCAAACAUACCUCAACUCACCUGCCUACGUGAACCGCAUUUCGUCCCGGACGGUGCUUUUCAUGUCGGUACCCGAGUCUUACAAAAGUGAAAAGAAGCUGCGUCAAGUUUUUGGCGAUAGCAUUUGCCGUAUCUGGAUUACCUCGGAUUGCAAAGAGCUCAAUAAAAAGGUUGACCAACGGGACAAAUUAGCUUAUAGCCUUGAGAAAGCAGAGAUCAAACUCAUACGUCGCGCCAAUGCUGCUCGACUAAAAGCAGAAGUUACCAAAGAGAAGAAUAGUCUCAACGUAUGCGAUGACUACGAGUUGGCUGACCCAUUGACGGCUACGAAGAUUAAACGACCCAUGCAUCGUGUCAGCUUUUUCGGAAAGAAGGUUGACAGUGUUCAGUACUAUCGUUCUCGCCUCGCCGUGGCAAUCAAGGAAGUCGAAGAACUGCAGCAAAAACACCGAGAUGGAGAUGCAAAAUACCUCACCGCGGUCUUCGUCGAAUUCAAGACGCAGUCAGAUGCUCAAGUUGCACUGCAAACUCUGUCCCAUCACCAGCCAAUGCAUAUGACCCCUCGUUAUGCAGGAAUAGCACCCCGCGAAGUAAUAUGGUCUGCUCUGAACUUGAGCUGGUGGCAGAGAAUUGUUCGCAUGUUUAUGGUGCAAGGUGGAAUUGCUGCUUUGAUCAUCUUUUGGUCUAUUCCUGCUGCCAUCGUUGGUACUAUCUCAAAUGUCACAUAUCUUGCGAACUUGAUCCCAUUCCUGGGUUGGCUAGCUCAUCUUCCUGGUUUUAUCGAAGGCAUUAUAACAGGUUUGUUACCAUCGGCCGCGUUAAUUCUGCUCAUGUCGCUAGUGCCUCCUAUUUGCCGGCUCUGCGCCAGGAAAGCUGGCUUGCCUUCUCUGUCUCGGGUGGAGCUAUUUACCCAAUCCGCACACUUCUGUUUUCAAGUUGUACAAGUGUUCCUGGUAACGACAAUCACAUCUGCAGCUUCGGCAGCUGUGAGCCAGAUUAUCAAAAAUCCAUUGUCGGCAAAGGAUCUGCUGGCGCAAAAUCUCCCCAAGGCAUCCAACUUUUAUAUUUCUUACUUUUUACUGCAAGGGUUGUCGAUGAGCUCGGCUGCCGUUGUGCAAAUCAUGAGUGCACUAAUGUUUAAGAUCCUAUCUAUGUUUUUUGCGACAACUCCACGACGCUUGUUUAAACGUUGGACGCAAUUGGCGGGAGUCAGCUGGGGCAGUAUCCUCCCCGUAUUUACAAACAUGGGUGUCAUUGCUUUGACUUACUCAUGCAUAGCGCCUCUCAUUCUCGGGUUUGCCUUCAUUGGGCUUUUCCUCGUUUACCAAGCCUACCGCUAUAACCUCCUGUUCGUAUACGAUCUGGAUAUCGAUACCAAGGGUCUAAUAUACCCACGAGCUCUACAACAUUUGCUCACUGGGGUAUACUUGGCAGAAAUCUGCAUGAUUGGACUGUUCUCUAUCAAAGCGGCAAUUGGACCGUUGAUAAUAAUGGCAUUUUACACGAUUCUCACCAUCCUCGCCCACAUCUCUCUCAAUGACAUGCUGAGACCACUUAUGAACUUUCUCCCGCGCUCUCUUGAUACUGAGGAGGAAGAGAUUCAAUUGAAUCAAGAAGCGGUAGAAGCCUACCGACAUGCAAUGACUCGACACGGCCGAAUCUGGAAAUGGUUUCAUCCAAAUCUUUAUCGAGACUAUGCAGAUCUUCGACGGAAAGUCCGUAGGGAUCACAUUCAAAUUGAAUAUUUGGAAAAAGAGCUGGCCGAUGCUUAUUAUGAGCCUUGUAUUACUGCUGAGACACCUCAACUGUGGAUUCCUCGCGAUCCGGGUGGACUCAGCCAAGAGGAAAUUCGACAUACUAGUGCCAUCAUUUCCAUAUCCGACCACGGUGCGCAUCUCGAUGUAAACAACAAAAUUCGGUGGAACAAAGAUGACGAAGAUCUACACAUGUGGGAGAGGAGAGUGCUAUAUUGA